UUCAGUUCUUCCAUUAUCUGUGAGUGAAUCUUCGAUUUCCAUUAAUUGGAUGUUCUCAAUAGCAUCCCAGGGUCGCUUGGAGUUCCCCUUCAAAAAGUUUCACAGCUUCUGAAAUAAGUAACGGUUCUAGGGUUUUCCUAAUAAUUAGAAUUGCGAUGGGAUUGAUUUAUUGGUGAAAUCAAAGCAAAAGAAACGCACGCUAUGGAUUUCAUUGCCUGCUACCUCUAUAAAUUGUCUCCAAAAAUCACAGGAAAUCAUCAGUCUUACAGGUUCACCAUCUUCCCAAUCAAAUAGAGAAAUGGCGUCACAGGUUACUUGCAAUAUUCAUAAGGUUGGACCCUCAGCCACACAGGACACACUCAAGAGCUUACGAUCGCUUGACGAAGGAAAAACAAGCAUCAUUACCGUCCGUGUUACCCGGAAAUGGGAAGAGUUGGACUUCAUGUCGACCAACGACGUUACCAGCAUUGAUAUGGUUAUUGUUGACGAGCAGGGGGAAGAAUUACACGCUGUGUUACCCAAAAAUCUUAUUUGGAAGUUUGAUAAGCUGAUUCGGGAGGGGUGUCUGUACUCUAUGCAGAAACUACACUUGACCACUGCUAAACCCAAGUUCCGUCCUGCACACAAUGAGAAGCGGGCCUUCUUCUGGAGCACCACCUCCGUUUCUGCUUUGGAUGCGUAUUCCGUGUCCAUUGUUCCCCAGAAAUUCUGUUUCACUGAGCUUGAAGCCAUAGAAUCAAACCUCCAGAACAUACAUCUUACAGAUGUGGUUGGGUUCUUAAAAACUGUCACGAACAUCCAGGUGCUUCUAAGGUACGGUGGGCAAUCAAGCCGAAUGCGCGAGAUCACAAUUGAAAAUCUCAGGGAGAAUCACCCUAUCUUCGACAAAUGCCACCAAAGUCUACACUGAUGCAGACAUAACUGAAGUCGUGGAAAUGCGAGAAAGGUUAUAUUUGUUAUCAGGCGAGCACAAAGCAAAAAAAAAGCUCUGCAUUUGGAUAAAACCUAAAUCUGAGGCAUUGGAUGACAUCACCUAUCAUUGUUGUAAUUUGUUUUGUUGUUUUUUAGUCCAACUGUUUAGGUUAUUUGAAGAUGUGUCUUAUGAUUUGUAGAUUGGUCAACAGUUAAAGCUUACAUAUAUUGUUGUUUGGGUUGUUUGAAUUUUUCGUGUUUUGGUGAUGUAUAUGACAAUUGUCAGGUUCUCUUAUGAUUUGUAGAUUGGUUCCAAGCUGCUUGAUUGU